AUGUCUGAAACUACCACAAGCCCAACGACAAACCCUCCUGUGCCGUCUCCGAACACGGUCGACACUGCAGUUGCUCCCAACGGAGGCUCGGCGGUCGCCCCGGCUACAAUCGAAGUUGACGAUGAGGACCUAACCGACGACGCCUCUGCGAUGGACGACAGAAUCUCUUCUUAUUCGGCUUCCUUAACCUCUAGUGUUAUUGACUACCCGGAGGAGUACGGUCGCCGAUACCAUGCCUAUCGAGCCGGUUCGUACCAGUUUCCCAACGAUGAGAGAGAAAUGGACAGGCUCGACCUCAACCACUCUAUGAUCGUACGAACCAUCGGCAAGCUCUUUCUAGCCCCCAUCACGCAAGAUAAGACCCACCGGAUCCUAGACGUCGGCACUGGUACAGGCGUUUGGGCAAUCGAAGUGGGCGACGAGCUUCCGAGCGCAGAGAUUGUCGGGAUAGACCUAAGCGCUAUUCAGCCGAAUUUCGUUCCGCCAAACGUCAAAUUUGAGAUUGACGACGCUGAAAGUUCAUGGGUCGGGAAUGCCAAAUACGACUUUAUCUUUGCUAGAUACCUCGCCUGCUCUAUCGCUGACUGGCCGAAGCUUAUGCGUAACAUCUAUACAAACUUGAACAAUGAAGGCUGGGCAGAGUUUCAGGAUUAUAGUCUCCUAUUCGAUACGGACGAUGGGACCUUGACGGAUGACCAUGAGACAAUGAAGUGGGACAAACUUGCAAACGAGAUUUCUGACAAGAUUGGUCGUGAGUUUAGUCCAGGACCCAAGUUGUACAACUGGGUCAAGGAGGCCGGCUUCCAAAACAUCGUCCACAAGCACUACAAGAUCCCAAUCGGGCCCUGGGCCAAGGACCCUCACUACAAGGAUCUCGGGAUGCUGAAUUUGAUGCAACUGCUGGAUGGGCUCGAGGCUUUUACUCUGAAGCCGUUCUGUGGGGUGCUGGGGUGGACGACCGAGGAGGCCCAGGUGCUACUCGCCAAUGUGCGCAAAGAGAUGAAGUCUGGAACGUUCCACGCUCACCUCAAUUACCACGUCGUCUAUGGCCAGAAGCUGGAGAUUGAUGAGGAGGACUAG